AUUAGCUCUUGGCGACAAGGGCCGGUCGUUUUUUAUUUUCUUUUCCCCCAACAACUUUCGGGGAGGCGUAGUUCGUUACGGAUCCCGCAACGUUUCUUCAUUCGAGUCGAGUGGCUCAUUAUCGUCACCUUUUUCUCGAUCUUUCGUGCUUGACUGCUCUUAUAAACGUGCGCAAAUAUCGGCUACUCGUUCGAUUAUAGUUUUUAAUAACGAAUUUUCGGAUGACGAGUGUUAGUGGAUCUAGUCAAAGUUGCAGGACUGUCGGAACGGAAGAAAAAACUCAAGUGCGUCUUGAAGCGGAAAGUUGUUUCGGCGUCGGAACGGGGGGAGAGGGGGGGGCUAGUGUUAAUCACAACUAAUUGGCGAUCUAUUUGAAAGACAAGUGGGACGCAGAUUUGCCAUCAGCUCUAAAAGAGAAAUGAUGUUAACCCGGUUCAUAAUGAAGGGCUCGCUUAAGCGGCAAUCGAUCAGGAAACCGGCAGAGGCGGACGAGAAAAAUGCGGAUGAAACUGAAGAACAAAUUGAAAUGAUUGGGCCUAGUCCCAUGGAGGCCCAGUCCACGCCAUCUAGGAGCCGUCGUUCAAUGCGCAUUCGCUUCAACUUGGGUUUAAAUUCGACAACAAGUUCGCCUAACCACCGACAGGUGGCUGACCUUCCCUUUCCGGAUAAUUGGUGGACGGCAUACUACUUGCGGCGGAGGAGUGAUUUCUCUCCGCCCAGGAUGGUCCUCCGUUCCGACAAGCACGAUUACCGAAAUCCGGACAGCAAUUACAGCGACGGAAUUGUGAAUGCGUUGCGGCGGACGCUUUUGGAUGACGUGGAAGAGCUGAACAUGCAGCACCGACUCAACCCGUUUCUGUCCAAAGAUUUCCUCAAGUCUUUGCAACGAUUCGGACUCUUUCCGGAACCGGAAGAAGAGGAAGAAUAUGAGGAAUUCGACGAUGAUGGAGACAACGAUUUAUCCGAAGAAAUGAGGAGACGGACGACGAGCGACGCUAGCAAUAUUCGAUCGCAGACGGCCUCAAUGAAAGCCUCUUCAGACGAAGAAAUUUCACCUGAAACGAAAGAACCGAUUCAUCCGGUUGUUGAUCAUCGGCAAACAAGAGGUCACUCGCACCUGGCCAAUGCCUAUCGCAGCAGAAGGCUUUCGUCACCGCAUUCCAGCAACGUAACGCAACCUUUGAUGCAAUCAAGUAGAAGAACGUUCCAAAAACGCGUCCGACGUUGGACCGUCACGUCCAUUUCAUUGCGCUCACUUCACCGCAUCGCCAAACGCACUGGGGGCUCGGCCGAUUCCAACUACUCGCAGCCUUCAUCGGAUCUGUCGCUGGACGAUGAACGUGAAGCGCUCCGUCGGGAAACCGAACGCCUGGCCCUGGCCCAACUCGACAAAGCUAGAACCAAACCGGUGGCGUUCGCCGUGAGGACCAACGUGUCGUACGACGGGACGAUUGAUGAUGACUCGCCCGUCCACGGCAGUGCCGUCUCCUUCAGCGUUCGCGAUUUUUUACAUAUCAAGGAGAAAUACGACAAUGAUUGGUGGAUCGGUAAUCUAGUGAAAGAGAAUUCGGAUGUGGGUUUUAUACCCAGUCCGGUCAAGUUGGAGGCGUUGAGAGUGCAACAACAAGGACAACAGCAGCAGGUGAGGAAUUCACGGUUGUACGCCGGCAAGGCCUCGUCUUCGUCCAACCUCAGCGCCCUCAACGAUGUCCUCUCCAACAGCAAAAGCUCCAAUUCUCGUGGAUCUACACCGCCCACACCAGGAGAUAACUCUGACUCUAUGGGCGGCUCGAAAUUGAACAAGAGCGGGUUACCCGGUGGCGGCGCAGGUUCAAAGGAGAAACGUAAACCUUUCUUUAAAAAGACGGAAUCGAUCCCGCCCUAUGAUGUGGUGCCUUCCAUGAGACCCGUCGUGCUGGUCGGGCCGUCGCUCAAAGGCUACGAAGUCACCGAUAUGAUGCAAAAGGCUCUCUUCGACUAUCUCAAGCACCGCUUCGAAGGGAGGAUCAUCAUAACGAGAGUGAGUGCAGAUAUUUCAUUGGCCAAACGCUCGCUGCUCAACAAUCCUUCGAAACGAGCCCUUAUGGAGCGAUCCAACUCGCGUUCCAACUGCAUUGCCGAAGUCCAGGCCGAGAUCGAACGUAUUUUUGAACUAGCAAGAACUCUUCAGCUGGUCGUCUUGGAUUGUGAUACAAUUAAUCAUCCAUCUCAACUGGCCAAGACGUCGUUGGCACCGUUGAUAGUUUAUCUGAAAAUCUCCUCGCCAAAAGUGCUUCAACGGUUAAUCAAAUCACGGGGCAAGUCGCAAAGUCGUAACCUCAACGUCCAGAUGGUGGCGGCCGAAAAGCUGGCGCAAUGCCCGCCCGAGAUGUUUGAUAUAAUCCUCGAUGAGAACCAACUGGAAGAUGCGUGCGAACACAUCGCCGACUACCUAGAAGCUUACUGGAGAGCCACACAUCCGCCGAUUAAGACUCCACCGCAACCCACUGUGCCACGGCCGCCGGUAACGGCUAACGUGUCAGCCACCUCACCUCAACACCAUCCGGAUCAUCACGCACGACUAACAGCCGGAAGGAACCUCGCCUCUCCGCCAGCUGUCGAAGUGCCGGAAUCUUACGGGAGAAUGCGUAGCAGUAAAGUGGUGGCUUACCAUUCAACGCGAGGCCGUCCAUCGCGGAGUAGUGAUGUCGAACCGGAUGAAGAUUUGGGUCCGUCGCCGUUGCCACCUCAACAGCCGCAUCACCAUCACCACCUUCAUUCGCAACAACAACAGCAACAACAUCCGCAAUUGCAGCGGACGCAUUCGCGAGAUUAUGAUUCACGGGACUACCGUGAGAUGCGUGAAAUGCGUGACCCCCGUGAAAUGCGUGACUAUCAUCACCAGAGGGACUACCAGGAUCAUCAUCCGUCACACCACCACCAUCAUCAUCAGCAACAGCGACACCAACAGCAUCACUAUCCACAGCAACAACAUCAUCAGCGCGAUUGGGACGACGUCGAUGACCUGCCAGUUCUGCCAGUUGCUGGACAGUCCGGUGGGGGUCGGGCACUUCAGCGGCAUCAUUCGCGGGAAUCGGAUUAUCCGCAGUCGCCCGUGCCCCGCAACGUGAGGCGAACGCCAGCCAAUCCUAUCUAAGAAAAAAAUCAUUUUUUUUUUUUUUUCGUGCUCUACGUCUAACUUUUUUUUUAUUGGUCUAUCGCUUCAGUGAAUCCCUUGGCAACGCCGCCUCUAUCCCCCCUAAAGAAAAAAGUCUUUCCGUUUUUUUUCUCUUCGUCUGGUGCUGAACGGAUUUUCACGUGAUUCCAUUUCGUGAAAAGAAAAGGGAGAGGAAAACUUAGCAAGUAUACCAAACAAAAGAUACAAAUAACAAUAAGAUAAUUGUUGUUAUGUAUUUUUCUUCGUUUCUAUUUUCUUUGCCCGUCUUUUUUUCUUUCCCUUUCAAAUAUUCGUAUUUAUUUGGUGCGGUCGACGUCCCGCUUUGGUUUUCAGCUCCAACGCUCGGCGCUUUUUAUGUCGACGUAAAACGCGCUCAUAGUGCGGCGUUUGGGAUGGAAAAAAACAAAAGCGUCGAAUUGGAUUUGGGUUUCCCUCGUUUAUGUUGUCGCCAUUUCCCCGUUUUUUUUUUGAUUGAUUGAUAUCCGUUCGUCCUUCUCCCUCUUCUUAUCCCGUGUAAACGUCUUUCACGCAGCCUUACACACCCCACCACACCGAUACUGACCACUUUGAACUUGAUUUGAUCCUUUGAUGAAAUUCUAGUCAUUAGAUCAGCGACCAACUUUUCCCUACAUUUUUCUUUGAUUUAUUUUCUAUUAUUAUUAUUAUUUUUUUUAAAAUGGUAUUUGUUGAUAGGGAAGUCAUCGACCAUUUUUCGACUUUGAAAUAUUGAACUAGUUGUGUCCACACAUUGCGCGUAGUUAAGUCCGUUUGUCUUGACGAAGUCAAACGCGAACAAGCGAAAGUGCAGUGACAUUUUGGCAUCUCCGUUGAUGCGUAUAAGACGACAGUCAUUUGAAAAAUUCCCCACAAAUAAUUUUUGGCAAAAGAAAUGUUUUGGUGCAGUCGUGCUCGCUAUUUGUGUUAUUCAAGCAAUUUUGAAAACAACCAAAGAUCAAACCUUUUUCAACUCUAGUGUCCAUCUUUUCCCUUUCAGAAGCUUCUCUGAAUGCAGCCGCUUUCCUUUUUCAGACCAUUUUUUUGCAAAAGAAUCGUAUGAUUGAUUGAAAUCUUCUCUCUAUUUGAUUUGAUUUUCUUUUAAGGCACUUUAGUCGUUGGCUUUGUAAACCGCCUAACAUGACGCAAACAUUUGGAUAGGUACAUAUCGUUCGAUUUCGUUUCUCUUUGCGUUGGUGCUUUUCAAUCGGUCGUUUUCUUGUCGAUCUUUGUAGUUUUUCUCUUAUUCUAUAUUUUGAAAUAGUAUUUUGCACCCCUCCCCAUUUUUUUGUUUUCAUUUAAAUUGAAGUUGUUUCAUUGGUUUGACUUAUUUAUGAGUUUUCAAAUUCCCCGCCGCUUUAUCGGGUCUCGCUCGUGGAUGCCAUCUAUGAAUGGUAUUGUGAAGGAGAAGAGAGAAACAACAAACAAAACAAAACAAACUAUUAUGAUAUACAUUGCUGUAUAAAGAUUUAUACAUAAAGAAAAAACUGUGACGACCGUAGACUCCGGCAGUCCUGCCCUUUAUACAUAAAUACAAUCGCUAUUGAUUUUUAAAUUAUUUAAUUGAAGAAAAAAAAAUGGCUGCAAUUAAAUGUAUAGCUAUAUUGAUUUCUAUUUUAUUUGAAUUCAAUUCUAUUUUAUUUUUUUCUUCAUCCAUUUUAUUCUUAUUUAUUUGGGCCCUGAUUUUUGGAAACACAUUUUCCUCCUCGUGCGUACGUCUGAAUGUUUUGAGUGUAUGUGUGAGUGUAUUUGAUUUGCCCUCCCGAACCCCCCCGUGACUUUGAACAAAUUUAAAAAUUGAUAGAUCCAUGCAAACUGUCAUGCAAAAUAUUGACGACAGUAAACAAACAAAAAAACAACUGAUCUGAUAUAUAUUUCAAGAAUAAUUUGUCACUAAAAAUGGGUGAAUGCCCAAAGACGAAAACGAGCAAAAAAGAUAUCCUCACAAUUUCGUCCCUUUCUUCUUUUAUUUUUCUCUGUCUCUCUUUCUCUCUCUCUCUCUCUCUCUUUCUCGCUCUUUUAUCUCUUUUUUGCAUUGUAAAUACAGAUAAUGAAAUUUU